AUGACCCAUAAACAUUGUUUUGAAGCAGUUGAUAGAACCUUCAGGGAUAUCCUUCGAUUCUGUAAUAGUAGAAACUUAAAUCUUCCUUUUGGUGGAAAAGUUGUAGUCUUGGGAGGAGAUUUUCGACAAAUUUUGCCGGUUAUUCCAAAAGGGACAAGACAAAAAGUAGUUCAUGCUACAAUCACCUCUUCAUAUCUUUGGGAUUUUUGUGAAGUGAUGACAUUACAUACAAAUAUGAGGCUACUAACUGGUAGUUUAGAUUCAGAUGUCAAGCAAAGAAAGGAUUUCUCUGAUUGGGUCUUAGGAAUUGGUGAUGGCAGUGUUGGGGAAAACGACGAUGAUGUGGAUAUAAGUGUCCAAAUUCCUGAUGAUUUUCUUAUAAAAAGCUCAGGUGACUCGCUUGCAUCUAUUGUUUGUAGCACAUAUCCAUCAUUCUUAGAUAAUAUGAAUGAUCUAUCAUUUUUUAAAGAUAGGGCUAUAUUAGCUCCUAAGAAUGAUGAUGUUGACAAGAUCAAUGAUUACAUGUUGUCAUUAAUUCCUGGCGAUCAGAAAACAUAUCUAAGUUUUGAUGCUCCAUACUCACUCAAUACAGAUAUUGAUAAUCCAGAUGAUGUGCACACUACAGAAUUUCUAAACACAAUUACUGCUUUGGGACUUCCAAAUCAUAUAGUGAAACUAAAAGUUGGAGUGCCAGUAAUGUUGUUGAGAAACAUAGAUCAUUCUUCAGGAUUAUGCAAUGGAACUCGGCUGAUCAUUACAAAGAUGGGAAAAUAUGUUCUCGAAGGAAAAGUGAUAUCAGGAAGCAAUAUUGGCCACAAGGUUUAUAUACCUAGAUUAUCAUUGACACCUGAUGAUAUUAGAAUUCCUUUCAAAUUCCAAAGGAGGCAAUUUCCUUUGACUGUUUCAUUUGCAAUGACUAUUAAUAAAAGUCAAGGGCAAUCGUUAAAGCAUGUAGGGUUGUAUCUUUCUCGUUCAGUUUUCUCACAUGGUCAACUAUAA